AUGGACCCAGUUACAAACGGCAUCCUGAGUCUUCCCAGGCUCUACAUCCUCAGCGAAUUUCACCCAAAAGCCGUCAAGCACGCUCAAUCCCUGUUCGACUGCGUUCUGCACACGUCCCCUGAAGCCGCACACUGGCGCAAGAACGCCGCCGCCAUUCUUGUCAAGAACUACACCAUUACAGCGGAGGAUCUGCAAGCUGCACCGCAGCUCCGCGUCAUUGGAAAGCAGGGUGUCGGCCUCGACCUCAUUGACAUGAAGGCAUGUGAAGCCCAUGGUGUGAAGGUCUUCAACACCCCUGGGGUCAAUGCUACGGCCGUGGCUGAGAUGGCGCUAUGCCUCGCGCUGAGCGUCUCGCGGGACGUCCCCAACAUUAUCAUUCGACAGAAGGUCCAUGGUGAGACGGUGCGCAAGGAGACCAUAACCGGCCAGCUCAUCAUGGGCAAGACAGUUGGGGUUAUUGGCAUGGGAAACAUUGGACGAGAGACGGCCCGCAUAUUUCAAGGUGGUCUGCGGACACCUAUAAUCACCUAUGAUCCUCACUUCCCCGAGGAUUCUGGCCCUGGUUGGGCCAAGAUAGCACACAGACGCGUUCAUGGACUCGAGGAGUUGCUGAAAGAGUCUGACAUCGUCUCCGUCCACGUGCCUCUGACACCAUCCACCAAGGGCCUCAUCUCUUAUGAUCGCAUAAAGCUGAUGAAGCCCUCAGCUAUCCUACUCAACACAGCAAGAGGGGGUAUCGUGGAUGAGGACGACCUUACGCGGGCUCUGGAGGAGCGUGUCAUCGCUGGCGCUGGCUUUGACUGCCACGAAAAAGAGCCGCCGCCAAAGGAUCGUUAUGAGCGCCUCUGGGCUUGUCCAGGCUUUGUUGGGACUCCUCACAUCGCGGCUGCGACGGAAGCGACGCAGGUUGCCACUACAAACGGUGCGACUGAUCAGGUAUAUGCGUACUUGAAGAACGAAGCACUAAGGGUCAAGGCGUAA